GCGUGCGUCGGGGUUUUUUCUGAAAAGUCUUUUGACUUCACAUUGCAGGAUUGUUUAUUUUCAAAGCUACAAUUCAUAUGGGAUUGGUUUUGAUUUUAUUGUCGACUGAUAUUGCUUCGUAUAUUUUGUCUUCAUAAGCUGUUCCGUUUUUUCUUUAACGAUGUCUUUAGGUUUCCUGAGGUUUAUUUUGGGUCGUGUUCCUCUUCGACCCAUCAGCCACAUCAUCUUCCCUUCAUCGGCUGUCAGACCUGCAUGGAGUCAUCAUCACGCGCUCUCACCCUUGCUGCGCGUCUCCUUCUGCACAGAUGCUGAAAAUCUCGAUGUGGCCGAUCACCCGAAGGAAACGAAAAAGCUGGACCCACGAGCACGGGUGACUUUUGGCAGUGUGGGUAGAAAGAUCAAUCAGCGCCACAUACGAUUAUUGGGUGAGGAGGGUGAGGAACUGGGCACGCUGCACCGUGCCGAAGUGAUUCGAAUGAUGGACGAAACGGGACUGAAGCUUGUCGCGGUUAACGACAAUUCUGAUCCUCCGGUAUACAGACUGAUGAGAGGCAAACAGAUUCAUGAAGAGCAGCUAAAACUCAGAGAGAUGCAGAAAGCGAAGACGGGUCCUGUCCAAUCAAAGGAGCUGAAUUUCUCCUCUGAUAUUUCCCAGCAUGAUUUGGACACUAAACUGCGUCAGGUUGUCAGCUGGUUGGAGAAGAAGAAUCACGUCAGACUCACAAUCAAAGCGCGAAGUGGCAGCGAAACACCGCUGGAUAAAGUGCUGACACAGAUGGUAGAGAAGAUAUCAUUGCCGGUCGGUUUCGUAUCUAAACCCACCGUUGUCCGUGGAGGACGGGCUGCCAUGUGUGUCCUUCGCCUCGCCUCUGCCAAAGAACUGCGACAGAAAGCGACUGAGACUUCAAACAAGCAAGACUCGGAGAAACCAAAAACACCUUUAACCUCAACGACAGAGAAAUCAAAAGACUGAAAAUGUUUAAAUAAAAGUUUCAUAUUUUGCAAAGGUAUGAUCCUUUUAACUGGCAAAGAAUUUGUAUUGGGUCGAAAUAAAGACGUCAGACUCUAUAACAAGAACGGCUCCAAAAAGUGGACCACCGGACGUGCAGUGUCACUGAACUCAGAACAGAUGGAUUUUGAUUGGUUGACAACACUCUUAGAUGUAAGCGGCUGUAAAUCACAACUUUUUGAUUCUGUGAGGUCUGAUUUUUGGGUUGUAUGACUUUCGGAUGCGGGCGUAUCUAAAUCACGAACUAUUUGAAGAUCUAGUGACUGUCCAGCCUGUGACAAUGAUGUCUCGCCUGAUUCUAACGUUUGCGUUGAAUGUUUCUUGUCUGGUUUGUGACCACUUAGACGGGACGCCAGAGAGCGUUUUGGGUGGGGCUUUUUCUGAAAGACAAUAAAGAGAUUUCGUUAAAAA